AUCGAGACAUCGGUGAGGCAGGCAAAACAAAAAGGUCAGCCAGUGUGUGACGGAGGAAUCGGAUUAUCGUAAUAAGUGAAAACACCAUGAGAUUGUUGGAGUGUCUGGUGCCGGCGGUGGUGCUGCUGUUAAUUAGAGACUCCAGCGCGAGACCCGGUGACUUUCCGGGACCAGCAGGCAGCUUUGGAAUCGACCCGGUGCAAGGAUUCUUCCCGGGCGGCGGUCACCAUCACGAUUACGAUCACGAUUAUGAUUACUAUCACGAUCACCAUCACCAUCACCAUCACGAUCACGAUCACCAUCACGAUCACCAUCACGAUCACCAUCACGGUCACGCCCACGGAAUUCAUGGCAGCAUUACCUUCUUACCCGGUGGCGCAGGCUCAAACGCCAUCGCCAAAGCUAAAGCCAAAGCUAACGCCGGCGGGCAAGGAUCGAUGGGCGCGCACAAUACGUCCCCCGAGGACGAGUCUGUCCACGGCGGAACAACGGGAGACAACAUCAACAAUUUCGACGAGUACCCGCCGAUUGAGAUCGCAACCGGUGUUUUGGGCAAGGAGACCUCCACCAGCUCACCGGGACAAUAUCCGAGUUCUUACCCGGGCGGAUCCGCAGGAUCUGGUGCGAACGUUGGCGCUGGAGCCGGCGGGCAAGGAUCGGUGGGCGCGCACAAUCCGUCCCCCGAGGACGGGUCUGUCCACGGCGGAACACCGGGAGUCAACAUCCACAAUUUCGACGACGAGCUGAAUAUUCACAUCAUCAGUCUCAGUGACAAGCUCAAGAAGAUCCUCACCAGUUCCCCGGGACAAUAUCCAAGUUUUUACCCGGGCGGAUUCGUAGGAUCUAGUGUGAACCCUGACGCUGGAACCGGCGCUGUUGAAGGUGAACACGGUGGUCACGGCGGAUACGGCAGAGGCUCAAACGCCAACACACAAGCGUCCUCGUCGUCGAAUGCGAUCGCGUCCGGAGGUGGUGUCGACUUGAGGAAAGCCAUCUUGGAUUCCUUGGCUAACGCGUUCCGCGAUGACGGUUCCACCUCGGCGAACCGCCCCAGCAAGGCGCCCGCUUACACCCAGGAGUCGGGAUCACCAAGCGCAAACACGGACGUGCAUGCGUUGGCGAGAUUGGGAUCGAAGAGCUCGGUGUCGAGCGACGCGUCAGCCAACGUCGACACCAGGGACAUGUUGAUCUUCAUCUAAUCGAGACAAUCAUUGUUAUACCGAAGCGGAUCGUCGAGCUUCCUCAAGAGGAUCCUCCGUCCGGCCACCACGAACCGCACAUAAUACUCCGCUUUUCGUCUUUCGGUGUUCCGUAAGAGCGAGUACGGUCGUCGGUAUGAGUACGACUCGGAUGUCGAUCGUGUGACUUUUACCCUAGGGUGGAAAAGUGAAGAUUUAAAGAAUGUUUUCGAGAUGGAAACUUUACUCUUUUCACGAGUUCACGCCAGAGGAGGGACCUCCUGAGCGUCGGUCAUGAAUCUUCUUCUCUGGCGAACUCGUGAAAGGUGGACAUUUUCUAAUUUGGAAAAAUUGGGAAAUUUUCACUUUUUCCUGAGACGAGAACGUGAAAAGUGAACAUUCCAAAUGUGCACUUAUGUCGAGCCUGGCAUUUCAUGGUUUUUCGUGCUCGACCAAGAUUAGGAUACUUAAGAGGAACGCUUUUCAUUGGAUGUAAGCAGGAAAUAUAAAAUGUGCAGACGAAAUCUUCUUCGAAUGAAUUCUCUGAGUGGACCACUCUUAUGCUCAUCUGUUUUACGACGAUCGGUAUGAUUUUAAUAUACGUGAAUUUGUACAUUUUUUCUAAGCCGGUAACAUAGUGCAGUAUUUAGAACAGCACUUUUAAGACGCCUUAAUUUAAUACUUCUUUCUCUCUCCCUCUCUCUAUAUAUAUAUGUAAUGUGUAUUUAUAAGCGUAUUUUUAACUUAUACUAUUGCGUGUGCUUUCGAUGCGAAAUCGAAAGUGUGCAGAUCGCCUCUUGUGAACUCUGGAUCUGUGAUUCGCGCGGAACUCGUCAAUGUUAAUGUUAAUAUAUAAUAUAUAAUAAUAGUAAUAAAAAUAAUGUGCAAACUA